AUGAAAUCGAAGAAGGAUGAAGUAAUUAAGACAAUAUUUAAGAAGAGAAAAGAAAAGAUGUUAUCAAUGGAAACUCCUAAAGAUACACUUACACAUCAUGUAUCCUCUUCAACAUUUGAUGGCUUCAAUAACUCACAUUUCCAUCAUCACAACCUAUCGUAAUUCGAAAAUCCAAUAAAUCAAAUAUCAAUCACAAAUAUUGGUGCGAUAGUGAACACUGAUAAUCAGCAACACAGUAAUAGUAUAUCAAAGGUACUAAAAGACAAAAAAUACAGAAAAUUUGCUGCUGAAAGAACUCAGACUCCCCCUCCUCCAACAACAAUGAUGAGAAUGGUUAAUACUCAAAAUAGCAAUGAGAAAAGUCUAUAAAAUAGUAGCUCAUUUAUAAGUAAAAAGUAGACAGCCUAUAUCAAUCCUAAAAAUCCUGAUGAGACUGCUUACGUUCCAUCAUCAGUCACCUCUAAUAAGAUUUAAUCUUCAGUACAAAAUAAUAAGAAAGUUAACAUUAAGCUAAAUAACUUUGUAAAGACUAGCAAUAAAUAAGAAAACAAUAAUCUAUUGCAAUCUAUUUCUGAGAGGUAAAAGAGACCUCAAUCUUCAAAUGAUAAUAUAUCAAUUAUGUCAUCUUUCUCAAAUAAUACUAACUCUAUACCUCAGACAAUGAAUAACACAGUUAAUAAUCAUCAUUAAAGUUCAAAGAGUCAAAUGCAAUAUGUUUAGAAUUUUUAACUGAACAAAAAUAUCAAUGUCAAAAUUUAGCAAGCUACAUUCCUACAACAUUAAUAUACAUUUAAUGCGCACAACAAUACGAUAUCUGACCUCUCUUGUGAUGACUUUAAUAGCGGUAUUCUAUACUCGUCAUCAUAUGACUAUUCUGUAAAAGUUUGGAAUCUUACAAAUGAGGGAAGAUCAUUGUCCUAUGAGGCUUAGUUCUCACCUUUUUCUAAUGAUAGCUAGCAUGGAAAUAGACCUCCUAGCUCAUAUAGUACAAAUAAUUUCGGUUCUGCUUCUAUGAUCUAGCCAAUUAAGAAAUUUGAUAGCAAAUAAAGAUAGAGAGUUAAUUCUUUAGUUCAUUUAGGAGUAUUUGGCGUGCUAGCUGCUGCUGGAAACGACAAAUUGAUUAAACUUUAUACAACUAAAUUUAGCUAGAAUAAGCUAGAGCAUCAGCAUACAAUAAAAGGAGGACAUGCAGGAGUUAUCAAUAAUCUAGCCAAAGUUGAAAAUGAUAUGAUAGCAAGUAGUUGCUCAGAUGGAUACAUUAGAAUCUUCAAUCUAAGCCACCAAAAUUAUCAGGAACCAUCGUUGAUUUUGGAGCAGCUAGAUUCAUCUCCUGAAUUAAUUAAUGUUCUGAAUAAGAAUUGCCUUCUAUCAACAGGAUCUGAUGGAGGCAUAAGAUUAUGGGAUAUCAGAUAACCUGAAGCUCCAGUUCAGACUUAUCACAAGUUUCAUUAUGAUAAAAUUAACACUAUUGACAACUUAUCUGGGUAUGUAUUCGCCUCAGCCUCUGAUGAUAGUAAUAUUAAUAUGUGGGAUAUCAGAAUGUCAAAAAUGCUCAAGUAGAUUAGAUUUGAAAAUGAUCAUGUAGGCUGCAUUAAAUUUAUCAAGCAGAAUUAUUUAAUUGCUUCUCAUGCUAAUUAACUCACUUUGCUGUCAAUAAGAGAUAAUUUUACAACCAGAUAGACAUUUGCUUAGAAUGAUAUAGAAGACAGAUUUAGUAUUUAGUCUACUUUAGAAGAUACAGGAGUACAAAACAGUACACAUAGAACAAAGGCUAUAGCAUUUUCAGAGAAGGAUAGGAAGUUAUAUGUUGCAGGUUUUGAUAAGAAAAUUCAAGUUUGGAAUAUUAAUUUAGUUUUAUGA